UUUGAAACCGUUUAGUUCGCCGCGGACAGCGCGAGAAUAAACACGUAUCGCGUGUUACAGGAUGUGCGCCGCGAUAGACAUGUUGGCGUCAGAGCAAAUGUUUUACGGCCACAGUCCGCCAGCCGGUUUCCUAACAGAUUACUCGGCGCCCGUUAGAAGACCAACAAAACUAACGACCAGGGGAUAUUCUGCUCCCACUCUGACAGCGCUUAAGCCAGUGCAGCUGACGUUGAAAACGGCGCCCCGGAGCUGCAUACGGCUGUCGACGGAGAAGAAAAAAAAACAUGUUGUGUUCGCGGAUGAUAGAGGGUUGGCUCUGGAACAAGUAAAGUUUAUGACGGAGCCAUCACACGUGCCACCGUAUUGGGCACUAAAGGUUGUAGCGAGCCCUCCCAUCGAGAGGAAACCCACAGAAGAACGCGCGACUGACACCUGGGACAUACGGUUCGCGCAACCCGCGUCCGAUUAUUUAGAAUUCCGAAGAAGGAUAACAGAAAACUGCGUGGCGUUGGAGAACGUGAUUGUUAAGCAGAACGAAUGCGCAGUGGACGGUACCGUCAAAGUGAAAAAUAUAGAUUUCGAAAAGGAGGUCUUCGUGCGGGCCACGUCCGAUGGCUGGAGGACCCAAGAGGACACGUUCUGUGCGUUUUUAGAAACCGGACCGCUGAAUAAGUGCGGCGUCUCGAUAUAUGACACGUUUAGCUUCAGAUUGCAGCUGCCGAUACAUUCCAGGCGGUUGGACUUCUGUGUCAGCUUUCGGUGUGGGGGUAAGGAGUAUUGGGAUAACAGGAACGGUGAGAACUAUACAAUAGAGAAGUCGUCCGUGAGGAAGACGCCAGCAAUAUCGUGCGCACGGAUUAAAUACGGGAAUUCUUGGAGCGGUUCUGACGCUGGGCACACGCCGUACUGGUGAAGGGUUGUAGUGACUAUCAUGUGUUCUGUUAUUGAGGUAGCAUGUGUUAUGUGCCAUGGUGAGCUAGGCGAGUGGUAAGUAGACGGCAUAGUGAAUAGUGAAUGACCAGGAUCUCACCGUUUGUUACAUGAGAUUUAUUUUCUUGAUGUAGCUAAUUAAAAUGGAAUCGUCGAUUUACACAAUCACGUCGCAAAAAGAGUUUAUUUCAACGUGAAUUAUAGUUAAUUUAUAUAUUGUAUGCUAAAUAAACUUAUGGAUUAUUUAUAUAAUUAAUAAUAUGGAGGUACAUUAUAUUGAAACCUAUCGCCAUGUUGAAAGAUAUUUUGACAAUGAAGGCCGUCUAAUUAUUUCCGUUGAUAUCUUAUCACUUAAUUUAGUUAGAUGCAAUGUUUAACAAAUGGUUAUAAAAACAUUCAUUAUCAUUAUCUAUCUUAUCUGUGAUAAAGAAAGAAAGUGGUCGAUGUUUACUCCUAGCAACUUUUAUCAAUGCGGAAUUAGAACAGAUAUAUAAUAAAUAGAAUUCCAUAAACGAAAUAUAUUUUUAUAGACUUUUUUAAUUUUUUAUUCUUAAAAUAUAAAAGUACAUCAAAAAUACGAUCAAAUUUGAUACAUUAAAAAUAAACUGGAUUUUUUGAAGGCUAGAAACAAUUUUUUGUCAAUUGCUUAAUUAAAGUGAUAAAACAUCUACCGGGUAUCAUAAAGAAAAAAUAUUAAUAAUAGUUAUCAUAAGACAAAUAUUACUAGGUAAUCUACUUAUUUUUACAUUUAUAAAAAACUAACGCUAGGUUGAUAAUUGCAUGCAUUUUAGUUCCAUAGCCAAGAGAAUUGAAUUAUUUUUGAACAAACUGAUUGUCAUUAAAAACUGGUUGUAUCUAGAUAUCCUCGUUUAAUAAUGCCAAUUUAUUUUGUUGCUGUGCCAACAAGAGUUUGAUUAUAUGAAUGCAGCUAAGACAAAUAUAUUAUAUUGUUUUAAUGAAAGUGAAAUGAACAUUUUAAUGCAUAC